UACUUGGUCUUUGUAUUUUUUUUUUCUUUUUACAUCAGGGGUCUCAAUAAGUCCCCUCCACCGAAGUUUUCAAAUUAUUCCGAUUGAUGAAAACUUUCACCAGAUGGAAACCAAGUGCGUAAAGACGCAGCAUAAAACCAUUACUGUGACCAUGAGCGGCUGGCAGAAUCCAAAGAGGACAUUUUGCAUGAGGGCAGAGUGUUUAUUUGUGUUUAUAAGGAUCGGACAUUUCACUUCCCUCUGCCCCGUUACCUCGCGUUGUUUUAACAUGACGAUACACUGAGACAGCAGCACUGAACAAGACGACUGGAGAGCCUCUCCGAUUUGAGCGUGCCAAGUAAAGGGGAAAGCAAAACAUGGCUGGUUUAAUGGCAGGUUUUGGUCAUUACACCCACGCCGUCGUCCGGGGAGUCCCCGCGUCCCUGGCCACAGAAGCGCUCCGGAUCAGCUCGUCGGAGGUGGAGGUGGACCUGGCCAAGGCGCGGAGGGAGCACGAGGCGUACGUCGAGGUCCUGGAGACGAGGCUCGGGCUGGAGGUGGUCGAGCUCCCCGCGGACGAGUCGCUCCCGGACUGCGUGUUCGUGGAGGACGCGGCCGUGGUGUGCGGUGACACGGCGCUCAUCACCAGACCCGGGGCAGAGAGCAGGAGGGCAGAGACGGAGGCAAUGAAAAAAGCUCUGAAGGACUUGAAUCUGAACAUUGUGGAAAUGACUGACGAGAACGCCACACUGGACGGCGGAGAUGUGCUUUUUACAGGGCGAGAGUUCUUCGUGGGCCUAUCCAAACGAACCAAUCAGAGAGGAGCAGAGAUACUAGCAGAUGCCUUUAAGGACUACGCUGUUUCGACUGUGCCUGUGCUGGAAGGGCUGCACCUGAAGAGCUUCUGCAGUAUGGGAGGACCGGGCCUUAUUGUCAUCGGCGCCAGUGAACCAGCACAGAAAGCCCUCAAAAUUAUGCAGCAAAUGAGUGACCAUCGCUAUGACAAACUGACGGUGCCUGAUGACUUGGCUGCCAACUGCAUCUACAUGAACCUACCUAAUAAGGGACAUGUGCUCUUGCACCCCUCAGCAGAGCAGUAUCCGGAGAGUGCUAAGGUGUUCGAGAAGUUGAAGGACCACAUGCUGAUUCCCGUGUCCAACUUGGAGAAGAGCAAAGUGGACGGAGCCCUCACAUGCUGCUCUGUACUCCUCAACAAGAACGCCAACAUCUGAGCGCGCUCACCAGGGGGUCUCUCAGUGCAUGGCAACCAAGUAGAGCCUGUAUCCAAUCACAAAUGCUCUCGAGGUUAAUAAACAUCUCAGUACUUAGAGGAAGGAUUGGAUGGAGUCAUCUGAUCUCCCUUUUCCCCCAAAACACUCAAUUUAUGUGAAGCAGUCUUAAAAGUGUGAAUAGAUCAGUUGACAUAAAACAUAAUUAGUUUUAGGUGAUCAUUAGUCGUGUUUUUUUAGCCAACUUUUUAAAUCUUGCGAACAAAAGAAAUGCAAAUUAGGCGCGUUUCCAUAGUGAUCCUUAUGCACGUUUGGAGUGAAUAAACAAGGCUUCACAAAGCGUAGUUUUGUCUGAAGUUCGGGCUGUGCUUUAGGCAGGGCUGUGAUCCACCAGCACACAUAGUAGAAGAAGUAGAGUAAAAGCAAGUUGCCUUGGCUAUCUAACAAUCCAUAAGGGAAAAAAUGAAGGGAUAUUUUCAGGAAUUUGUUUCAAUUUUCCAAGUUUUAAUUACACCUUUAUGUCAGCUAGUACUGGCGAUGUUUCAUGCUGUCUGGCGACAAAGAAAAAUUAGUGCAGUGAUUUUAAUGCACAAAUGAAGAUAAUGUCAGUGGACCAAAUGUUCGCUACAUCAGACUUUAUUCGGCAAAUGUGUUUCCGUAUCCCAUUCGCUGUAUCAGCCCUCUUUCAACAAAAGCAAAAACCAUCUCAAGUGAGUGUAAAAACUUUUUUUGCAUGACCGAGGAAGUUCUAUCAAAUUUUGCUGUUUCCAUUCAGCUUUUCUACUACGAUGCUUCUAAAUGCACAAAAAAUGUUUAUGGAAACAUGGCUGUCAUCUGUAUAAGAAUUAAUAUAUUGAUUAAAAUUUGUUUUAUUUUGAUCUUUAUUUGGAUGCACUGAUAUUUUCUAUAUAAAACUAAAAAAAUACAAGAUAAAAGAAGAGGCUUACAUGUUAGAUAAUGGGUCAUUAUUCUCCCCAUACAAUGCCAUACAUGUUUUUGACAGUAUUUGCUCGUCCACAAACUAUUAGAAUUUAAUUUAAUCAAUUUGACCCCAGAUCAGAAGCGGAGGUAGAACAUGUGCCAUGUUGAACCCACCCUUCAAACCUGCAGAGCCCCUAAUGCUCGUGUCUAGACCAGUCCUUGCUUACACUGAUCAAUGUUUACAACCCUUUAAGACGACCACAGAGAACUGAGCUCUGGAGCAACAAAACCAGAUGGAUCAUAGUUUUUGUUGUUAUUGAAAUGUAGUCUUACCAACAUUAGACCGCGGGUUUAUAAAUUACAUAACUAACAGACAUCCAGAGAGGAAAAUGUAUACAGUUAGUUUCAACUGUUUACAUGCACCACUUUAACUGUGAUUUAAUUUUGUGUGUGGUCAGUUAGAUAAUGCAAUAGGGUUUGUAAUUCAUUUUUCAAGAACUGUAUUUUGGUGCAAGAUGAAGGGAAAAAAUCCUGCUGCUGCUGUAAUACCACAACCACAAACAUGUUAAUUUGCUGUUUCUUUACAGUUGGUGCUGAAUACAUUUCAUGACCAUACGAUAUUUCCAAAACAGCUUUCCAUAGUUCUUACAAAUGCAUGGUCAUACAUCUGACGACGAGGUUGUUUCUCACUCUGAAAAUACAGUUCUUGAAAAGCCUUUGGAAGAUGUGAGAUUUUGGUAUGAUUGCACUGUUAAUGAUGAUUUUGUGAGUAAUAUUAGACGAACUGCCAUUGAGACCUGAGGUGCUCUUACUUUUCAUGACUGUUGUGUAUUAAAGCUAUGGUCUACGUUUAGAAAGAUUGAUCAUUAUUAUGAACAUCUUUAAGAUGGUGGUUAUGGCCCAAUAGUGCUAGCUACACAAUGUGAAGAGCAAAAGGAACCAAAAAAAAUCCACUCUCUCUGGCGGCUGCAAGCCUGCAAAGAAAUUGACCAAUCACAGCCAUCCGGUCCGCAUGGGAGUUACUCCUUGCUCAAAUUUGCACUCUCUCUCUCUCUCACCCUCCGUCCAAUCCCCUCGCUCCAUUUUGACGCUCCUCUGUUCCUCGUCCCGCCUCGUCCCAACCCCCCUCCGCAUUUGAAAGUACGAGCGCUUUGUAAGGCCCCGAGCCAUUCAGCUACACGAGUUUCGAUAUGGAAAAUAAAGAGAGCGAUAGCAGCAAGCGGCCUCUGCUUGCCCCACCGGCAAAGGCCAAAAGGAAGCGUAAGUCUGCCUCUGAAAAGGCAGAAACGAAGACGAAAUGCGACAAAUUGAGGGCUCAAAACAGAGUAAACAUCGGGUCAUCCUUUGACCGAUGGAGAAAGCUCCAGCGGAGUUUUUGUUGAACAGGUAAUAUUUCAUUUUUAUUGUGGAUGUUGUGACAUAGAUAACAGUAUGCCAAUGCUGGCUUAUGGCUGUGAAAGCUGCCGUUAGUGUUUUGUCUGGUUAGACGGCGUCGAAACAUUUUCUUUCUAUGCGGAGGGGGGUGUCGUUAGGAGGCUCCGAGGGGAGGGAGACACGAGCUCAAAGGGGAGGGAUCAUGGAGCACCGAGGGAGGGGGGUGUGUGGGGGGAGGGGGCGGGAAUGCUUUUUUCAAAUCUUUCUCAUUGUCUUUCUAAACGUAGACCAUAGCUUUUAUCACUGCUAUUGAUUGUACAGGUACUGGAAGCAAUUUUUGACUGAUCUCAAUAAUUGCCACCGGAUACAGAAGCCAACAGUAGCUUGUUGAUUUAUUCUACAUGGGCAUUAUUUGGCCAUUUUGUUUAAGCUAUUUGGCAUCCUGCUGAGCCUUUGUUUAGAUUCAUGCGGGAAUGCCAGUGUAUUAAUCUGUGCCAACCCCCACAGAGGACAGAUAAAAGCUGCCUGUGUGGGGACUGUAUGUUUUCAUUAUCUUAAAAUGAAGUAAUUUAUUCCAACAUAACACCUCUGCUCCUCCUAAUGUCUGUAUGGGGAACCAAUGACUGUACUCCUGCUGAAUGAUUCUGAAGGCACUGUAGUUUUCGCACUCCAUUGGUUCUUUCUGUGUUGUUGAUUACACUGAUUUCAUUUUUUUUUCUUCCUGUCUGGCAGUUUUUAGUCAAACUGACUCAGAGCGUGCUGUGAAACUGAUGUCUGUUCCACUAAAUCCAGUCGCACCAAAUGUGACAGCAGUGAGAGAGUUUGCACCCAGCAUGCAGAACAAGCUAACUGUUUGGUGUGCUUCCAUGUGUGCUAACAAAUGGUAGCUGCAAACAGGAGUUUGAAGGACGUCAGUAAGCUCUGUCUCGGUGGUCAUGUCUCUGUUGUUGCUGAAUUCAUGUUUUGAGACCUGUAGAUAUGAGAACAUGGUGUGUGUAAACAUGUAUACUGUACAUACGCUAUAUACUGUACAUGUUAAAGCCCAUCACAUGUGAAACCAUGUUUUUCCUCAAUGUGAUUGUAAGUGAAAGUUGAGGAAAUGACAUCAGGAGGUGAUUCAGCCUCCCUCUGUAGACGUUUGCGUAUGGACAAGUGGGCAGUGAUGAAACAUGGAAAGAAUUCCUGUUGGGAGGAGAGGCUCGUACACCAGUAAACACUGACUCUCUUAAACUCUCUCUGUCUUUCUGUCUCGCUCGCAGCACUCACACUCUCCCACCCUCUGCUAUUGCCUCAUAGACGAUCUGGGCUAAUUUAUGGCCAUGAUAUCAUACAGUCUGGCGAACACUGUAGAUGUGAUGGACUGCCGUUAAAGUGUGACACUGGUAGUAUAUUUUACAGAAGGCGGCUGGCUGGAUGCAGGGUGAUAGCAUAGUUGCAAAGCAUCCAGUUCAGAUUCUCACGCAGUUACUCCAGAAGGCUGAGCCAGGCAGGAGCAGUUGGACACUGUCUGAUUAGUUCAAUGUCAACCACUGGAUUUUAUCUAAAAUGGUCAUCCUCUCUUAUAUUGCUCUCAGUCGCCUGUGGGCUGUCCUGCUCUGGGGCGCCAUAACCUUUUCCUAUCACUGAUUUAAAAUCAGAACAUUUAAUACAUUUCUUAGCUCUUGGCUAGCGAGCCUGUCUGUGAGUAACUGCUCCUGAAAAUAUGUGCUGACUUUGUUAUCCUCUUACUAAUCCCCUCACUCAUCACAGUAGUCAUGAUGUUGUGAUUGCCCCAGUUCCAACUGAGGUCUCUUGGUUUUCAUACAAGUUGUGAGUAAUAAUUAUUUGAGUCAUCUUAAAUUGAGCCUUUCGUCUACUUUGUGUAAUAAAUUAACAUUUAGC